CAGGAGGGGAGCCUGCGGGGGGCGGAGCGUCCAGCUCUGGGCCCGGGGGUCCAAAGUGCUCAGCCCCCAGGGCACAGCCGGACAUUUGGGGGCCUUCUUUCAGCAGGGGACAGCCUGAUUGGGGACAAUGGCAUCUGUCGGCCACAUCUUGCUUCUCUGCGUGGGUCUUCUUGCCAGAGCCAAUGCAGAAGCGCCACAGGAACACGACCCAUUCACCUAUGACUACCAAUCCCUGCGGAUCGGAGGCCUCACCAUCGCCGGAAUCCUCUUCAUCCUGGGCAUCCUCAUCAUUCUCAGCAAGAGAUGCCGAUGCAAGUUCAACCAGCAACAGAGAACUGGGGAACCCGAUGAAGAGGAGGGAACUUUCCGCAGCUCCAUCCGCCGUCUGUCCACCCGCAGGCGGUAGAAACACCUGGUGCCAUGGAACUCGGCCAGGUCCUGCAGCGCCGCCUGGGCUUGGGGAGUGGGCACGGGAGGGAGGAAGAGGGGGUGAUGUACCAGCCUGGGCAGUGGCUAAGAGGGGGAGGAGGAGAGGGCUUGAGGUCCUUCCUCGCCUCUCACCCUUUUCCCCCCACAGGAUUCCCCUAGCACCUGAUGCGUUCCACCCACCUCCUGCUCACCUGCCACCUAGACUGCCCCCUUUCCCAGCCCUGCCUCACUGAGUCCCCAAGCCUCUCAGAUUUCCAAUAAAACGUGCUUUUCUCUCUUGA